AUGGCUCCAACAUAUUUGAAGGUCUCGACGAGAGGCGCAGGCUCGAAGAGUCUCGCGACACCGACCGCGCACAUGGCGACAACGACUGUCAAGGUUGGUGGCAUGACUUGCGGGGCAUGCACAUCUGGGGUGGAAUCAGGAUUCAAAAAUGUGGAUGGUGUUGGAAAUGUAUCGGUGAGCUUGGUAAUGGAAAGAGCUGUGAUUAUCCAUGAUCCACAAAGGAUAUCGGCAGAGAAAAUACAAGAAAUUAUUGAGGAUCGCGGUUUCGAUGCAGAAGUACUGGCUACGGAUUUACCAUCUCCCAUGUUCGAUAGAAGCGGACACACGUACGAUACCAGUGACACUUCCGACGAUGAAGAUAUAAAUGAUGCGCCGAUAACUACAACAACGUUGGCCGUGGAGGGGAUGACAUGCGGGGCUUGCACAUCAGCAGUAGAGGGGGGUUUCAAGGAUGUGCUGGGCGUGAAAAGUUUCAGUAUUUCACUACUGUCGGAGAGGGUAGUGAUCGAACAUGAUACUACAAUAUUGAGUGCAGAACAGAUUGCAGAAAUUAUCGAGGAUAGAGGAUUUGGAGCAACAAUUGUCGAAUCAAAUACAGCUAAUUCCCCUUCACGAACCCGCAAAUCACGCCGCGACAGCGCUUCAAAGAAAGAACAGGUCGCCACAACUACUGUUGCUAUUGAAGGCAUGACUUGCGGUGCCUGUACAUCCGCCGUUGAAGGUGGAUUCAAGAAUCUAAAUGGUCUUAUACAGUUCAACGUCAGUCUACUCGCGGAACGGGCUGUGAUUAUCCACGACCCCUCCAAGCUCCCCGCUGAAAAGAUCGCCGAGAUUAUCGAUGACAGAGGGUUCGAUGCCAAAAUUAUUUCAACACAGUUAGGUUCCGGCCAACAGUCAACAGCUACUACAUCACAGUUCAAGCUAUUUGGGGUGGCAUCGGCUGCUGAUGCAACAGCUCUAGAGUCGAAACUUUCAUCACUGCCGGGUGUCAAUUCUGCAACAGUCAGUCUUGCCAAACAUCGAUUGACCGUUUCUCAUCAGCCGAAUAUCGCUGGGUUGCGAGCUCUCGUCGACCUUGUCGAGGCUCAAGGCUAUAAUGCCUUAGUCGCCGACAAUGACGAUAACAAUGCCCAACUCGAAUCUCUUGCAAAAACUAGGGAGAUCACCGAGUGGCGUACAGCCUUCAAGACCUCCCUGAGCUUCGCUAUCCCGGUUUUCUUAAUUAGCAUGGUAUUUCCCAUGCUUAUCCCAAUCUUGGAUUUCGGAAGUUACAUCGUCUUUUUUCCAGGUUUAUACCUUGGUGAUAUCAUUUGUUUGCUCCUCACGAUACCCGUCCAAUUUGGCAUUGGAAAGCGUUUUUAUAUUUCUGCAUACAAGUCUUUGAAGCAUGGUUCACCUACAAUGGACGUGCUAGUUGUUCUUGGGACAUCCGCCGCUUUCUUCUUCAGUAUUGCAGCUAUGAUUGUUUCCGUCGUCCUUCCCCCUCAUUCCCGUCCAAGCACUAUCUUUGACACAAGCAGUAUGCUCAUUACUUUCAUCACUUUGGGACGAUUUCUUGAAAACCGAGCGAAGGGCCAAACUUCAAAAGCACUAUCUCGUCUCAUGUCUUUGGCUCCUUCUAUGGCAACCAUUUAUGCCGAUCCAAUUGCUGCUGAGAAGGCAGCCGAGGAUUGGAAUACCAAAGAAUCAAAAGUCGAUCACGCUCAAGAGGGCAAUGCCGCAGAAGAAAAGAUCAUACCCACUGAACUUAUACAAGUGGGCGAUAUUGUCAUUUUAAGGCCCGGUGACAAGAUUCCUGCCGAUGGAACCGUUACACGAGGUGAGACUUAUGUGGACGAAAGCAUGGUUACCGGGGAGGCAAUGCCAGUCCUGAAACGAAAAGGAAGUCUACUCAUUGGGGGUACUGUAAAUGGUGCCGGCAGAGUCGACUUUCGUGUUACACGAGCUGGCCGUGACACUCAAUUGAGUCAAAUUGUAAAGUUGGUCCAGGACGCACAGACUACACGGGCACCUAUUCAACGACUUGCUGAUAUCAUUGCUGGCUACUUUGUUCCAUUCAUUCUUUGCCUCGGAUUUCUCACAUUCGCAACAUGGAUGAUUCUUAGCCAUGUCCUCUCGCACCCACCGAAAAUUUUCGUGGAUGCAAAGAGUGGUGGGAAAUUCAUGGUUUGUGUCAAACUCUGCAUCUCGGUUAUUGUUUUCGCUUGUCCGUGCGCUUUGGGUCUUGCAACUCCCACUGCUGUGAUGGUAGGCACUGGUGUGGGUGCAGAGAAUGGCAUUUUGGUCAAAGGUGGUGCUGCUCUUGAGACGGCUACUAAAAUUACGCAAGUCGUUCUCGACAAAACUGGCACAAUUACCGUUGGCAAGAUGAGCGUGGCCAAGAUCAAUUUGGUUUCUACCUGGAAGAAUAAUAGAUCGCAGAAGAAGCUCUGGUGGACAAUCGUUGGUCUUUCGGAAAUGGGUAGUGAACAUCCUAUCGGUAAAGCUAUCCUUGCUGCUGCUAAGGAAGAACUUGGAGUGGGUUCCGAUGGCACUAUUGAUGGAAGCAUUGGCGACUUUGAAGCUGCAGUUGGUAGCGGUAUUAGUGCUUUGGUUGAGCCUGCUAUUAGCGCCGAACGUACUCGUCACAGAAUCUUGGUCGGGAAUGUUCGCUACCUCAAAAAGAACAGUGUAUCUGUUCCUCAAGAUGCCAUCGACUCCUCCGAAGCUGCAAAUAUCAAAGCUGCUGGAUUGUCUAAAACUUCAUCAGCUGGCACAACCAAUAUUUUCAUUGCUAUUGAUGGUUCUUAUUCUGGUCAUCUGUGUCUUGCGGACACUGUCAAAGAAAGCGCUGUCGCAGCUAUUGCUGCCCUUCAUCGCAUGGGCAUUAAAACCGCCAUUGUUACAGGUGAUCAACGUCCAACCGCCCUUGCAGUCGCACGCAUUGUGGGCAUACCUUCCGAGAAUGUCCAUGCUGGAGUAACCCCUGACCAAAAACAAGAUAUCAUUCGCGACUUUCAAUCUCGUGGAGAAUGUGUUGCGAUGGUGGGAGAUGGAAUUAAUGAUUCUCCUGCUCUCGCCACUGCAGAUGUCGGUAUUGCUAUGGCUGGUGGUACUGAUGUCGCUAUGGAAGCCGCGGACAUUGUUCUCAUGCGACCUAAUGAUCUCAUGGAUAUUCCUGCCUCUAUUCAUCUCGCCCGCUCGAUCUUCAAUCGGAUCAAACUUAAUUUAAGUUGGGCAUGCGCUUACAAUAUUGUCGGUCUUCCUUUUGCAAUGGGUAUCUUCCUUCCCUUUGGAUACCAUCUACAUCCUAUGGCAGCAGGUGCAGCGAUGGCGGCUAGUAGUGUGAGUGUAGUCGGCAGUAGUCUGUUAUUGAAGUUCUGGAAGAGACCAAGGUGGAUGGAAGAUGCGUUGGUAGAAGAAAAGGGACAACUGAGAAAGAAGGGUCACGGAUGGAGAUUUGGAGGAUGGAGUGGAAAGAUCUCAGAUGCGUAUAGAGCUGUUGUCGGAGGAAGUAGAAGGGACGAAGGAGGUUACGUACCUCUGAACACGCUCGAACCUGUAUAA